GAGAAUUUAUCGUCGUCACUCGCCACGCAGCGCAGUACCCGCGCCGUGCAGAGCGUGGGAACACCGCCGGCGGCCUCCGCGGGGGUCCGCUCAGCUCGUUCCCCUGCUCGGCGCGCUCACCAUGCGAUGGCUUCGUCGUCCUCGACGCCGACGACGCGCUCGCGAACCCUCCUCUUCCUCUCCUACCGCGACUCCCAGGCCCGCUCGUCCCGCUUCCGCUCGCGCCGCCUCAGCGCCCAGUACGACGACCCCGACCUCGGCAAUGAUGAGCACCAGGGACUCAUACGCCACGCCGACUCCGCCCACGUUGCCCUAGACGUGGACGCGCUGCCCCCCAAAUGGUCCGUGGCCUCGCGCCGUCCCUGCGCAGCUAAUGCGCCCACCGCGCCAUCCUUCUAUCCCACAACUGAACAAUGGGACCAACAGGGUCGAUAUCGCGGAGCAGGUCGAAGACAUCCUCGCUGGCACAAAGGCGAAGAUCUCCGUCCUCGACAAGCUACACGCCAAACACGUUCUCCCCGGCUUUUCGGACCGGUCCGCUGAAGAACGCGAAAUCGAAGCGGCGACGACAGACAUCACCAAGGACUUCCGACGGUGCCAAGCGCUCAUUCAACGCAUCGGCGCCGUCGCCGACACGGCUCAGCACUCGUUUCCACCCCAGUCUCAGUCGUCCCGGCACCAGCAGCUGGCCGCGAAGAAUGUUCAACGAGGACUCGCUGCCAAAGUGCAGGAGCUCAGCGCGACGUUCCGGAAGAAGCAGCGGGUCUAUCUCGAGAAGCUGCAAGGUCACGCGAUAAAAAACCAAGACUUGAUGAUCGCGUCCGGAGCGGUGUCGCUCAAGGGGUCCGAAGGCCUCUCUGCCGUCGACGAUGACGUCGAGGCGGCUACAUUCUCCCGGAGCCAAUCACAGGCACAGGCGCAGAUGCACCAGGGCGAGCAGGUGGACGUCCGGCAACGGAACAGGGAGCUGAACGAGAUCGCCGACUCGAUAGCCCAGCUCGCCGAGCUCUUCCGGGAGCUGAGCGCGCUCGUGAUCGACCAGGGCACGCUGCUGGACAGCGUCGAAUACAACAUUGAGCAAACCGCCGUCCAAAUGCAGGAAGCGGUCAAGGAGCUCGACGUCGCCACGAGAUACCAGAAGAACACCGGUCGCCGGAAGUGUAUCUUCCUCCUCCUGCUCAUCAUCUUCGGCCUCAUCGUCGUACUCAUAUUCAAGCCGCGCCGGCACGCCGCUCCGUCCUCUUCCCCUCCGAGCGCGCCGACAGGCCCUGCCGACUCGGUGCUCGCAGACCCGGCCGGCCAGGGCCACGCUCUCGCCUUGGCGGCGCGGGCGAGGCUACACCCAUAGUGGGUGUGCCUUCCUCCUUCGGGUGGGCCAGGACCGGAUGGACGUCCACGCGCGAAGAAGAGGCACCGUGACUGGCGGCGCGAAGCUAGCCUAACUGACGAGAUUUGCCUGUUGGAGCGAGCAGACGGUAGAUUUCGCUGCGCGUAUCUGGCACACGCGCACACGAGGCUAAGAGGCUGAGCUUAGAUGAGGGGCGAUAGGGGGUGAUGAUGAUGAUGACGAUCUACUGUGUUGUCGGACGCGCUUCUGGUCUACCUUACUGUAUACGGCGUAACGAGCUAAUUAUCGGCAUUCGAUGUAUUUCCCCGCUCGUUGAGUGCGGGGUUAACUGUCGAUCAG